GAUCAGAUUACAGGAUCCCUGAAACUGAUGCGCGGGCUGCAGCGGCGGGAGGGAGCGGACCGGGCCGCGCCGCCGGCGCCCGCACACUCGCCCGCCCGCCCGCCGCUCCCCGCCGCGUCCGCUCGCUCCGCUGCCCGCCUGCGCUACACCAUGCCCGCCACGGCAGCACAGUGCGGCCAGCCGGGCCAUCCACGGUAGCCCGAGCCGCCCGCCACUCUGCCCGGCGCGGGUCUGGAUUUGGGACCUGACAGCCACAGCCGCAGGCAUUCCUUUGAGAAAAAAAGCUGAAGGAAUGAGAAGACAUUAUGGAGGCCCAGUCCCACAGCUCCACAACCACCGAGAGGAAGAAAGCUGAGAAUUCCAUCGGGAAAUGUUCCACAAGAACAGAUGUCAGUGAGAAGGCCGUGGCCUCCAGUACCACUUCGAAUGAGGAUGAAAGUCCUGGACAGAUCUAUCACCGAGAGAGAAGAAACGCAAUCACUAUGCAGCCUCAGAGUGUGCAGGGGCUCAGCAAAAUCAGUGAGGAGCCCUCAACAUCUAGUGAUGAGAGGGCCUCAUUGAUCAAGAAGGAGAUCCAUGGAUCUCUACCACAUCUGGCGGAGCCCUCACUCCCUUAUCGUGGGACUGUGUUUGCCAUGGACCCACGGAAUGGUUACAUGGAACCUCACUACCACCCUCCUCAUCUUUUCCCUGCCUUCCAUCCUCCUGUACCAAUUGAUGCCAGACAUCAUGAGGGCCGUUACCAUUAUGAUCCAUCUCCUAUUCCUCCAUUACAUGUGCCUUCUGCCUUAUCUAGUAGCCCGACGUAUCCAGACCUGCCCUUCAUUAGGAUCUCCCCACACCGUAACCCCACUGCAGCUUCAGAGUCCCCCUUCAGCCCCCCACAUCCUUACAUCAACCCGUAUAUGGACUACAUCCGCUCGUUGCACAGCAGCCCAUCCCUCUCCAUGAUCUCAGCUGCCCGAGGGCUGAGCCCUACAGAUGCCCCCCAUGCUGGAGUCAGCCCUGCAGAAUACUAUCACCAAAUGGCCCUGCUGACAGGCCAGCGAAGCCCCUAUGCAGACAUCCUUCCCUCAGCUGCCACCGCUGGUGCAGGGGCCAUCCACAUGGAGUACCUUCAUGCCAUGGAUAGCGCCAGAUUUCCUAGCCCCAGGCUGUCAGCUAGGCCCAGCCGAAAACGCACACUGUCCAUAUCACCACUGUCAGAUCAUAGCUUCGACCUUCAGACCAUGAUAAGAACAUCUCCUAACUCCCUGGUCACAAUUCUCAAUAACUCCCGUAGCAGCUCUUCAGCAAGUGGUUCCUAUGGGCACUUAUCGGCAAGUGCAAUCAGCCCUGCUUUGAGCUUCACCUACCCCUCUGCCCCUGUGUCUCUCCAUAUGCAUCAACAGAUCCUAAGCCGACAGCAAAGCUUGGGCUCAGCAUUUGGACACAGUCCUCCACUCAUCCACCCUGCUCCAACAUUUCCAACACAGAGACCUAUCCCUGGGAUCCCGACAGUUCUCAAUCCUGUCCAGGUCAGCUCUGGCCCUUCUGAGUCCUCACAGAACAAGCCCACGAGUGAGUCUGCAGUGAGCAGCACAGGUGAUCCUAUGCAUAAUAAACGGUCCAAGAUCAAACCCGAUGAAGACCUACCCAGCCCAGGGCCCCGGGGACAGCAGGAACAGCCUGAAGGAACAACCCUAGUCAAGGAGGAAGGGGACAAAGAUGAAAGCAAGCAGGAGCCUGAAGUCAUCUAUGAGACAAACUGCCACUGGGAAGGCUGCACAAGAGAGUUCGACACCCAGGAUCAGCUUGUGCAUCAUAUCAAUAAUGAUCACAUUCAUGGAGAAAAGAAGGAGUUUGUGUGCCGCUGGCUUGAUUGUUCAAGAGAACAGAAACCCUUCAAAGCCCAGUACAUGUUGGUAGUGCACAUGAGAAGACAUACUGGCGAGAAGCCUCACAAAUGCACCUUUGAAGGUUGCACAAAAGCCUACUCAAGACUAGAAAACCUGAAAACGCACUUGAGAUCUCACACUGGAGAGAAGCCAUACGUCUGUGAGCAUGAGGGCUGCAACAAGGCUUUCUCCAAUGCUUCAGAUCGGGCCAAGCACCAAAACAGAACACAUUCCAAUGAGAAACCAUAUGUAUGCAAAAUCCCUGGCUGCACCAAACGUUACACAGACCCCAGCUCUCUCCGGAAACAUGUGAAGACUGUGCAUGGUCCUGAGGCUCAUGUCACCAAGAAGCAGCGUGGGGACAUGCACCCUCGGCCUCCGCCCCCAAGGGACUCUGGCAGCCACUCACAGUCCAGGUCCCCCGGCAGGCCAACUCAGGGAGCCUUUGCUGAACAGAAGGAGUUGAGCAACACUACCUCAAAGCGGGAAGAAUGCCUCCAGGUGAAGACAGUCAAGGCUGAGAAGCCCAUGACAUCUCAGCCAAGCCCUGGUGGUCAGUCUUCAUGCAGCAGCCAACAGUCCCCCAUCAGCAACUAUUCCAACAGUGGGCUCGAGCUUCCUCUGACUGAUGGAGGUAGUGUAGCAGACCUCAGUGCCAUCGAUGAAACCCCAAUCAUGGACUCAACCAUUUCCACGGCAACCACAGCCCUUGCUUUGCAAGCCAGGAGAAAUCCGGCAGGGACCAAAUGGAUGGAGCACAUCAAACUUGAAAGGCUAAAACAAGUGAAUGGAAUGUUUCCAAGACUGAACCCUAUUCUACCCUCCAAAGCCCCUGCAGUGCCUCCUCUUAUAGGAAAUGGCACACAGUCCAAUAACAACUAUAGUUCAGGUGGGCCCGGGACGCUUCUCCCGAGCAAAAGUGACCUGUCUGGUGUAGACUUCACUGUGCUGAACACACUCAACAGGAGGGACAGCAGCACCAGCACCAUCAGCUCUGCCUACCUGAGUAGCCGCAGAUCCUCGGGCAUCUCCCCCUGCUUUUCCAGCCGCAGGUCCAGUGAGGCAUCCCAGGCUGAAGGGCGAACCCAGAAUGUGAGUGUGGCUGACUCCUAUGACCCUAUCUCCACAGAUGCCUCACGGAGGUCCAGUGAGGCCAGCCAGGGUGAUGGGCUGCCCAGUCUACUCAGCCUCACACCUGUGCAACAAUACCGCCUCAAGGCCAAGUAUGCUGCUGCCACCGGUGGUCCACCACCUACACCCUUGCCCCACAUGGAAAGGAUGAGCCUGAAGACAAGAAUGGCCUUGCUUGGGGAGGGCAGGGACUCAGGGGUGACCCUGCCUCCUGUUCAUCCUCCUCGGAGGUGCAGUGAUGGAGGAGGUCACACAUACAGCCGGCGUCACCUGCUGCCUCAUGAUACACUAGCAAACAGUGUGAGGAGAGCCAGCGACCCUGUGAGGACAGUCUCUGAGAACAUGUCACUUCCCAGGGUUCAACGCUUCAGUAGCCUCAACAGCUUCAAUCCUCCAAGUUUGCCUCCAUCGGUGGAAAAGCGUAGCUUAGUGCUACAAAAUUACACCCGGCCAGAGAGCAGCCAGCAGCCCCGAUACUUCCAAGCAUCCCCUUGUCCUCCCAGCAUCACAGAGAAUGUUGCCCUGGAGGCCCUGACCAUGGAUGCUGAUGCCAACUUGAAUGAUGAAGAUUUCCUGCCAGAUGAUGUGGUACAGUAUUUAAAUUCCCAGAACCAAACAGGGUAUGGACAAUUACAGAAUGCCAUCUCUGAAGAUAGCAAAGUAGCCCAUGGGCCAGAGGACUUGGACCUACCAGGGCUGCCAGACAGUAAUGUUGGCCAGCAGUACCCAGCUCUGGAGCAGCCCUGCUCUGAAGGCCGCAAAACCGAUUUGCCCAUCCAGUGGAAUGAAGUCAGUUCUGGAAGUUCUGACCUGUCAUCCUCCAAGCUGAAAUGUGGUCAGCGCCCUGCCGUACAGCAGGCUCGAGCCUUCGGGUUGUACAACAAUAUGGUGGUACACCCACAGAAUCCAUGGAAAGUUGGGACUGGUUCCACUGGAGGAUAUCAGACCCUUGGGGAGAAUGGCAGUACCUACAGUGGCCCAGAGCACUUUGUCAUCCACAGUGGGGAUGGACCUGGCUCAAAUGGAAGUGCUUUCCAUGAACAACCCUAUAAGACCCAGCAGUAUGGGAGCCAGCUCAACAGGCAGCCACUGACUUCCAGUGCUCUUGACAAUGCCUGUGUUGCUGGAAUUCAAGGGUCCAAGCUGAAAGGCAAUACUGUGCAAGAUAAUGGGGGUUUGCUAGAUUUUGGGCUGUCCACAGCACCAAAUGAAUUAGCUGGCAACACAGUGAAUGGCAUACAAACCCAAGAUCAAAUGGGACAGGGAUACAUUGCUCAUCAGCUACUCAGCGGCAGCAUGCAAAACCAGGGUACCAGCCGCCCUGGUCAACAGAUACUAGGGCAGGUCGGUGCUACCUCACACAUCAACAUCUAUCAAGGGACAGAGAGCUGCCUGCCAGGGACUCAGGAUAACAGCAACCAGCCAUCGAGCAUGGCAGUUGUUAGGGGCUACCAGCCCUGUGCCAGCUACGGAGCCAGCAGGCGCCAGGCGAUGCCACGGGGCAGCCUCACUCUGCAACAAGGACAGCUCAGCGAUGUGAAUCAGACGAGCAGAGUGAACAGCAUCAAGAUGGAGGCACAAGGGCAGUCCCAGCAGCUCUGCUCUAAUGUGGAGAAUUACUCUGGUCAGUUCUAUGACCAAACCGUGGGCUUCAGUCAACAAGACAGGAAAGCCGGUUCCUUUUCCCUUUCGGAUGCCAGCUGCCUGCUCCAAGGGGAUGGCACUGAAAACUCUGAGUUACUUUCCCCAGGUGCUAACCAAGUGACAAGCACAGUUGACAGCUUUGAGAGUCAUGACCUAGAAGGUGUGCAGAUUGAUUUUGAUGCCAUCAUAGAUGAUGGGGACCAUACCAGCCUGAUGUCAGGGGCCUUGAGCCCAAGUAUCAUUCAGAACCUUUCCCAUAGCUCCUCCCGCCUCACCACACCACGGGCAUCCCUCCCAUUCCCCCCCAUGUCCAUGAGCACCACCAACAUGGCUAUCGGAGAUAUGAGUUCUUUGCUGACCUCCCUUGCAGAAGAAAGCAAGUUCCUUGCAGUUAUGCAGUAGGCAAGGAGGACCACAAGUAGAGGUAAAACUUUAGGACUUGAAAGAUUGAAUUGACUCUGGACUCCCCCCCCCCAAGUUCUGUAUGUAUUUUAGCAAUCUCAUCUCACCUGACUGGGAUGUGUCUCAAGUAUAUUCCUUUUAUGGAAAAGGACUCUGAAAAAACCCUAAGGUAUUCUAGGGGAGAAACUGUCUUCCAUUUCAGUUCUGAAUCAGUAUUGUGACAUUCAAAUCGCCCUCUUGUGUUAACCUGUAAGCCUGCCCUCUUUUGAGUAAAUGUGUGAUG